CAUGUUGACGCGACUUUUCAGCGAGCCCAGCCUGGUCCCCGAAGUCCCGAAAUUCCCCGGUUGGGCCGAGGAGUGCGAGGAGGAUGCCCGGAGCGAGAAGGAGGAGCGGGCGGGGAAGGGCUGCGCCCUCCCCGAGGAGCCGCCCGAGGGUUCGCUGGGAGAGAGCAAGGAGGAAGGGGAGCUAGCAGGGGACGAGGAGGAGGAGGAGGAGGAGGAGGAAGGCCUGGAGGAGGCGGAGGGCGAGCGGCCCAAGAAGCGGGGCCCCAAGAAGAGGAAGAUGACGAAGGCGCGGCUGGAGCGGUCCAAGCUGCGGCGGCAGAAGGCGAACGCCCGGGAGAGGAACCGGAUGCACGACCUGAACGCGGCCCUGGACAACCUGCGCAAGGUGGUUCCCUGCUACUCCAAAACCCAAAAACUCUCCAAAAUCGAGACCCUCCGCUUGGCCAAGAACUACAUCUGGGCUCUCUCCGAGAUCCUGCGCUCGGGCAAGCGGCCCGACCUGGUCUCCUACGUGCAGACUCUGUGCAAGGGGCUGUCCCAGCCCACCACCAACCUGGUGGCCGGCUGCCUCCAGCUCAACUCCCGCAACUUCCUGACGGAGCAGGGCCAGGAGGGGGGUCGGUUCCACGGCCCCAACGCCGCCUCCUUCGCCGUGCACCCCUACCCCUACCCCUGCUCGCGGCUGGCCGCGGCGCCCUGCCCGCCCGCCGCCGGCCCCGGGCCGCACGGGCUGAGGACACACGGCUACUGCGCCUCCGCCUACGAGAGCCUCUACGGCAACACCUCCCCCGACUACAACAGCUCGGAGUACGACGGGGGGCUCAGCCCCCCGCUCUGCAUCAACGGCAACUUCUCCCUCAAGCAGGACUCUUCAUCCCCCGACCACGAGAAAAGCUACCACUACUCUAUGCACUACUCGGCGCUGCCCGGCUCCCGCCCCGCCGCUCACAACCUGGUCUUCGGGUCGGCGGGGAUGCGCGGGGGGGUUCACUCCGAGAACAUCUUCCCCUACGACAUGCACCUCCCGCACGAGCGGGGCCCCAUGUACGAGGAGCUCAACGCCUUCUUCCACAACUGACCCCCCCUUCCCCGACACCCCCUCCCCAUCGCCGAGCUGGCGGGGAGGGGGGGAGACUCCCCCACAAAUCCCCCCCACCCGCGGCGGCCCCGCGGAGCGGCCCCCGGGGCUCCGCCGUGGGCUUUGGUGCAAUAUGGGGACCCGGCCCCGGCGGCGGGUCCCCGCGCCCCGUGGGGACAAAGUGCUUUUUUGGGAGGAUUUUCCCUUUUCCUUAAUUUUUUUAUUAUCGUCGAUUUCGUUAUU